AUGUCAACGAUCAAGCAGCUUGCUCUUGCUCCCAUGCGCCGUCUCUUCUUCCACCACCUCCUCGCCGUCUCAGCGCUGCUGCUCGCAGCGCAAUGGGGCGGCGGCCGCGCUGUCCACGCUCCCCUGGUCUCCCCUCUCGCCAAGGACCCCGCCACCUCCCUCUACACCAUCUUCAUCAAGGACGGCAGCGGGCCACUCGUCGUCGACCUCGCCGGCCCACUCAUCUGGUCCGCAUGCGCGUGCGCGUCCGGCCACCCGACGUUCCCCUGCGGAUCCGCUGAGUGCGCCGCCGCCAGCGGGUUCAGCUGCCCCCCGCAGGGGCAGGAGGAUUACGGCGGCGGCGGCGCCGCAGUCGAUGGAGGAGACCACCGCUGCAUGUGCACCGCGCGGCCCUGCGACCCGGUCACGCGCGCCCGGUGCGCGGCCGGGGACCUCACCAGCUUCGCGAUGUCGGCCAACGCCACCGACGGCCGGAACGCGCUGUACCCGGUGUCCUUCCAGGCCGUGGGCGCGUGCGCGCCGAACUGGCUGCUGCGCUCGAGCUCGCUCCCCGCCGGCGCCGCGGGCGUCGCGGGGUUCGGCCGCGCGCCGCUGUCGCUGCCGUCGCAGCUGGCCGCGCAGCGCGGGUUCGGGCGCCGGUUCGCGCUGUGCCUGCCCGGCGUCGCCAUCUUCGGAGACACCCCGAUCCACCUCGGGUCCUACCCUCCCGACCUCAUGACCACCAUCGCGUCCACGCCGCUGGCCGCAAACCCCAGGGGCAGCGGUGGCUACUACCUCCCCGUCGAGGCCAUUUCCGUGUCCUGGUCCAACUGGAACGUGGCGCCGACCCGCGCCGCGCUGCCGCCGGGCGCGUUCGGCGAGGCCAUCGGCAGGCCAGGGUACGUGAAGACGAUGCCGGCGGUGCCGCCGUUCGAGCUGUGCUACGACACCUUCUCGCUGCGGCGCGUGAAGGUGCUGGGGUGGGACGUGCCUUCGAUCCGCCUGGAGCUGGGCGCGGGCGCCACGAUGAACUGGACGGUGGGCGCCGGCAACUCCAUGGUGCAGGCGGCGGAGCGCACGCUGUGCCUGGCCGUCGUCGAGAUGCACGGCGCGGAGGCGGCGGCGCCGGCGGUGGUGAUCGGCGGGUACCAGGUGGAGGACAACCUGCUGGUGUUCGAAGAGGACAAGGAGGUGCUGCACUUCAGCGGCCUUCUCUGGGGCUCGGGCGCCACCUGCAGUGGCUUCAACUUCACCGCGCCUCUGUGA